AAAGAACAAACGUCACGUAACCAUGCUUUCUUAUUCUCUUUCUUUACAAUGACACUCUUGAACGGGCAUUUACCGAUUUUCCAAGAAAGAUCUAAUUCAAGACCCAUCUCUGCAUCAUUAGAUUCAUCCCAACUUGCUUCAUUCUUGAGUGAACAAGCACGUAUUGAACGCCUUUCAUCUACUCUUCUCAAUAAACACAAUGCCAACCCAUUGCUUUUAGAACCCAUCACCCACGAGUUAUUUGAGGUCUUCAAAGAUCUAGACGAUGUUGAUAUGGAUAACAUACCUACGUCCGAAGACGCACCUAUGCUCUUGUCAGUGGAUCAUUUGGAUAUUCUGGAAGAUUCAGAUACAGAGACAGAGCCUAAAGACUCAGGUCCUAAAGGGAUUGUGUUUGAUUUAUCAGCUUAUCGAGAGAGAAGAAAGGAAUUAUCAGAGUUUAAUAUGAGUGAUUUGAUGGAGAUAGAAGAAGAAGAGCAGGGUAAUUCAAUACCUGUUUCUAAGCAAGUAGAACAGACUAUCGCACCUGUAGAAAACAUGCCAUCAGUACCAGUAGAAGUACCAUCAGUACCAGCUGAAACACAAUCAGCGCCACCACCAGCAGUGCAGCCUUCUGUACAACCAGAGCAACCUUCUGUACAGCCAGAGCAAUCUAAUACUCAACCAGAGCAACCUUCUGUACAGCCAGAGCAGUCUAAUACUCAACCAGUGCAACCUUCUGUACAGCCAGAGCAAUCUAAUACUCAACCAAAACAACCACCCACUUCAUCCACAGAUUCAAUUUGGUACAAACAGGAUCAAUUCAGCACAGAUCUAUCAACAAAAGGCACACCUAUUUACGCAUACCCAACCUCUAUCAUUCCCAUCUUUAGCACACCCGACCAAGUCCAAGAAUCGAAUGUGAUUGUCAGCGACUCUCGCGCUCAAGCCUCCAUGUUCUUCAACACCAAUUUCGACAGAGCCAUUCAAGCACUCAAUUUGCCUACUUCCAUGAUUGACCUCGACUACAAAGAACAAUGGUCGCAUUCAGGCAAAACUUGUUUUGUGUAUCAUUUACUUCAACAGCUAAAAGACCAAGAUUUGUAUCUGGCCAUCAUCACAAAAGACAUCAAUGACGAAGCUGUUUUAUGGGAACUGAUCCGUGCAGAUCUUCGGUUGUGCUGUACACGAUUGAAUUAUGCCUUGGACGAUACAUGGGAUGGCGAAUAUGGUGUGGUUGUCAGGACAAAACCACAGCCCAUGUCAAGAUCCUCACAAGCAGUCGGAGAAUUCAAUGCUUCUGUUGAUAUGGUGUUGUGCUUGGAUGUGCGUAUUGCCCGUAAAAGAGACGUGUUUGAGAAACUCCAUGGUACGCAAGGACAACCACCGCCUAUUGUUUGGAUGAUUGCCUUGGGUUCAGUAGAGAUGAAAGCAUUUGAAUUGCUUAAGAACUAUAGCAUGUCUACUGCUGUCUUCAAGUCAGAAAUAUUCAAGACCUUGUUUACAAAGGAGAAUGAAUGGCCUGAUGUGACAGCCUAUGAAACACUGAACGCUCAAGUGGCUGCUAAUGUUGCUUCAUGGCUAUCCCACAAAACAGAAGAAUACCAAUUUCGAUCGACCAUAGAAUUGCCUCAGUCGUAUCUUCUUGGGUAUUUGCCAGUACAACAGAUACAUAUCUUGGAAGAUGGUGAGAUUGAAGACAUGGAUAUCAGUUCAGAUUCUGAAGAAAUUCAGGCUGAUCCUCGCGAUCUUGUAUUACAAGACUACAUUUAUAAAGACUUGUUACCUCACUAUACGAUUGUCAAACAACCCUCGAAAGAAUUACCCAACAAAGACACACUUAUAUCAGAUAAUGGUCAAUAUGUGUUGAAUAGCAUAGUAGAAGAUUAUAGUAAACAAGUAGAAACCAUAAGACAUUUAUUUGAAAAAACACUUGAAGAUUUACAACACAAAUACAAGGAAAAAGCAAAACUAGCUAUUCCAAAUAUCAAAAAAUAAUAAAGAGCGCUUAUUCGAAGCGAGUACGAGGAAAGACUGUUUGACCAAUAAGACAAGUAACUCUCUUCUUUUCUGGUGUGUAUACUUCAGCAUGCACUGUGUACUUUCCAGGAGGAAUUUCUUUAGGUAAAGAGACUACUUUGGUAAACGUCAAUUCACCUUGAGGAAUAGGGCACUUUUCAUCCACUUCUUGAAUUUUGUCACAGAAAUCAAAUGUCUUUUGAAUCAAUUUGACAACACCAUACUUGACAAUGAUAUCAACAACCGUACCAUUAGGCACAGUUUCGGACAAAUAGCCCUUGAAAUCAAUCUGAAGGUCUUGUCCUUUGACUGGAGGAUCAGGCGAUAAACCAAUAUGGUCAAUACU